UUCUUACUCAGCCGAUUCAUUCGAAAUAUCGCGAGGGAACACACGGUACCGCAAAUAUUCGAAAUCAUGAAAGCGAAUGUACUUUGGAUACUAUUAGUUUUCUUUUUGUCUCGUCACGCGAUUUACAUAGGCGGUGAUAUCCACAGUAUGCUUCGUCAACUAGAUAUUGAGGAAAAUGACCCAGAUAUCACGCAAUCCGAGAAGAAAAAGUUGGACGAAUAUCGUAGGACGGUGAUCAAACAAGAGAUCUUGAAAAUGCUUGGUCUCGAGAGCCCUCCGAAUGCUUCAAACAUUCCGAAAAUACCAAAAGAAAUGAUAAAAAGUGUCCUGCAUCAAACGAGACACCACAGGAAAGGUGGCCGUAAAAAUCUAGACGUCGCUGGCAAACAAAUGAUUGUUAUAGCGGAGCCAGAAUUCUCGCUGAACUUGAAAGAUUCAGAACCGCAAUCAUUUCGCUUCAAUGCAAACGUGAAACAUAAUUCAGUUUCAUCUGUAAUAUUGGUCCUUCGACGUAACCCACAGAUCCUAACGAAGAGGAUAUUGAAGAAACAUCGUUUGUUUAUCGCACGAAUACUCGGUUAUCCUAACAAACUAUCCCGCCUAAUCGGACAUCCAAAAAUUAAGGAAACUAACAAAAACUGGAUCAAUUUGGACAUCACUUCAAUCUUGAAAUCAAAAGGUAUCCAUGGCAUGAUAAGGAAUAUCUCCAUCGAAAUUAUAUGCGAAGAAUGUGGUGGCGAAAACGGUUUUGUGAAUUCCAAGAAACGUCGUCCGUUUCUAAUUUUUAACGUUGGCAAAGUCACGAAAACCCGAAAGAGGCGCUCUGUAGCAAAUUGCAGCCAAACUGAUUGCUGCAUAGUUGAUUAUAACAUCAGCACUAAAUUGCUUGGUUUUGACUUUGUGGUAGCACCUAAUGUAUUUCAAUUGAACUUCUGCAAAGGAAAUUGUAUUACUCCACCUUUGAUUUUGGCGUUCCAUGAUCGGAUUGGGUUGGUGAAAAAUCCAACAAAGAAGAUGGUUAAAAAGUCAAACUGCUGCAUGAUCUCAAAAUUUAAAACGUUAUCAAUACUCAUCGAUGGUGGCAACAAUUCAAUUAUAAAAAAGGAUAUACCGAAUGUGACGGCGACGCACUGUACGUGCUCAUAACGUUUGCUGCAGUGCACGGUUUUUCUCAGUAUUAUAUAGCAACAUUAUCUACGUGUAUUUGACAUCGUAAAGUCUAUGACGAUUGCUAACAAUUGGUAAGAAUGGUGGAUAAUUUAUUUUUAGCCCGUAAAACUGACAAACAGUUUUAAAACUACAUGUGUAUAAUAUGAGAAGUAAACUUUUGUAUCAAUUAAUAUUACUGAACCAUUUUGUUAACUGAUGUCAAUACAUUGGGCACUGUUUAGUGAACGCACUGCAUGUUUAGUUUAGAGAAAGAUUAAGACUGUUUCAGAUUUAAAAAAUGACUUUUAGGUCAGUCAAAUCAUAUCCCUGUUGCACUGCUCCACUUCCUUCAAACUUCGGACUAGCAUGAAUUUAUUUUUGGAGUUUUAAUAUAAUCAUCAUGUAAAUCACUGUUAAUCGGUUUUAAACUAAUUAAAAAAUCCAAUAUUCA